ACCUGCGCGCGCUCAAACCGCGGGUACUGCUUUGCAAGGCGCACCGCGGGCUCUUCAUACAACGCAUCGAUGCGUUUCGCAACGCUCAGCACGCUCACGGUCGCCACGGCCCUCUCCAUGCCUCCAGCAAGGCGGCGCCAAUCACCAAGACUCCGCGCCGAACCCGUCGCGCGCGGCGGCAGCAGCACCAACGGCGGCGGCGUCGCCUUCGCCGCGUCGGCCAUGUUACUGGUCAGCGCGCACCGCACGGUAUUUAGUGCCGCGAUGCCGGAGCUCCAGGCGUCGCUCGGCUUCGACGCCCGGACCGUCGGCGCGCUUCAAGCUGCCUAUUUAGCGGGUUAUGGGUUGACGAACGCCGCGGGCGGCGCUGCUGCGGAUAGAGUGGGCGGCGCCAAAGUGCUCGCUCUUUGUUUAGUAGUGUGGUCCUCUUUAGUAGCGUUGACGCCCGCCGCCGCGUCGCUGGGCGUGGCGGCGUUGGCCCUGUGCCGGUUCGGCUUCGGCGUCGCCUCGGGCCCGGCGUUGCCCGCCUCUCUGGCCGUCGUGAGUUCCCAGCCGGACGCCGACUCACGAGCAAAGGGCAUCGCGACCGUCCUGUGCGGCUUCAACGUGGGCUCGGCCGCCGGGUUACUCUCCGCCGCGGCUCUAUUAACGUUGCUCGGCUGGCGGACGCUGUCGGUCGUGGCCGGUGGUUUAGGCGCUGUCGUGGCUCUAUACGCGCUGACGCAGACCACAGAACAAACCACAACCAUACAAACGACAAAAAAACCAAUAAAAUUCACAAAAAGCUUCCCAUUCCAACUUGCAGCUUUAACCCACGUCCACAACUGCAUCAACUGGAGCUUCUUCGUGAUGCAGGCGUGGCUGCCCACUUACUUUGCAACAGAGCUCGGGCUCGACAUGAAAUCAUCAGCGUUGUUCUCGGCGCUACCUUUCGCGACGAUGGCCCUCGGGUCGUUAGUGUCCGGCCAAGCAUCGGCCGCUCUGUUACGGCGGAUGGCUCCGUUCGAGGUGCGCAAGCGGAUGGUCGCGCUGUCGUCGAUCGUGCCCGCGUGCGCGUUACUCGCGCUGUCCUACGUCAAGAGCCCAGCGACGGCUCUUGUACUGUUAGUGACCGCUCUCGGGGCCCACUCCUUUUCCUCGGCUGGUUUGCACGCCCAUGUGACCGACGUCGCUCCGACCGCUUCAGGGCGGAUCCUUGGGUUUACCAAUACCGUGGGCGUGUUGGUGGGCAUUGUCGCGAACGUGGCCACGGGACGGGUCCUGGACGCGACGGGCUCCUUCAAAGCGGUGUUUGCGCUCACGGCGGCGAUUUAUUUAUCGGAAGUGAUCGCGUUCUUCGGGUUCGUGCGGGCCGGGCCGCUCGUGGCGGAGGACUAG